AUGUUAUCUGCGAGACCGUAUUCCCAAGGCUCGAUAGUCAGGACCAGCUUGGGAUUACUGUUCUCACCCGGUGCGUCGACUUCGACCCUGGGCUUGGGGUUGAUGAGCGAUUCCGGAAGAGGAAAAAAGAUGCAGAAAAUUAAGGAGGCAAAGAUCAAGAAGGAUAAAAAAGACCAGGACAAAGUGAAGAUGGAGAAGGAGAAAAAGCAGGCCCUGUGUCGCAGACAAGUUCAAAUUUCAGAUGGUUCCCCUUCCACCCUCACAGGGCACCUCGACCACAAAAUGAGGUCUCCUAUAACCUCAACGCCUAUCAAAAAUAUCUUCCGUCUAGGCCCUACGUCCGCUGCAUUGUCUCCGAAACCCUCUUCUAGUACAUCGAAACCGGCUUUGAAACUCAAAGGUCCCAAACCAAAAACCAGCCGGAGGCAGUCGAGGCCCAAUCUUGUCCCUGCAGAAUACCAUACAGUUGAGUUUGAGACAAGGAUGACUGGGCUUGGGUCGGGUGGGGAAAGCGAUGUCGAUAUUGAUGUUGACAGGGAUAGAUUUGGAGAAGGCGGUCGAAGAGGAGGAUCAGACGGAGAGUUAGAUGGAAGAGGUGAUGCUCGGGUUGUUCCCGAGCUGGAUGGAACUAGGGGAGAUGGUGGUGGUCCUAAGGGAGGAGAUUUUGACGACGACGAAGCAUGGGUAGAUAUCGUCGUUACAGGCUAUGGUGCUCAUCGAGUGUCAGUCGAAGCAAGUAAACGAAAUGGAGGCCCGGAGGAAGCUUCGCAAGAAGUAGCUAGGGUGUUAAGUGCUGUUAAGAGGUGGACAGCCGCAUCCUGGUAUAGACGACGACGAGAGUAUCUUCGAGGGAACUCCGCAACAUCUGCUGUCAAAGUGAACUCAGACUCAGAUGAUGUCGAGGUACAGAUGGUCCCGAGGUUUGGGAAGGAUAGAAAAACUGGUCAUGGUCUUGGAGGUCAAGGUCAUCACGAUGAUCAAUCAUAUACCCAGUCUUCCAAACAAUUCUUCACCUCCGGUGGCGAUCUCGACCCCUCAUACACCUCUGAAUCCUACAAUUUCCCUGACGCAGACACAGAGGAAGAUCCUGAAUUCAAACCCCUCACAUUGUCCGUACCUAACCGCCGAUUGGGAGACUUUGAUCUUCAUCCUGAAGAGAAGAGAGCAUCACAAAAGAUGCUCAGACAAAUCACUAUCAAAGGCUCAGAUGAUGACCUGCUCAAUGUGCGUCAGCCAGAAGCGAUAUCGUCUCGGGAUGCGGGUAUGUUUGCUCCUGGUAGUUUGAAUGGGCAUAGCGACAUCGAUGAUGAUGUUGAUGCUGAUGAUAUUGAGGCAGUUGAGGUCGGUGAGGUCGACGAGGAUGAUCCACGUGCUAGAUAUGCGCAUGGAUCUGACGACGAACACGACGACGCUCCGAGGGACUUGGAUAAACUUUACGCUGCGGAAACUGAGAAGGCACGACCGUUACCGAGCUUACCGCCUGAUCAAAAGAGCGGAUCAUUCUCUACUUCCACUACAUUUUCUUCUUUGCCAGCAACUUCACCACCACCUCGAUCGUCUUCUCUCCCUCACUCGCCUGCUCCUUCUCUUGCUUCAUCUAAUCCUUCGCCAGUGCCCGUUUCCAACCUCUCCGCUCUCACAUCAAUCGCUCCCAUUGUGGCCCUCUCCCCAACUCCCCCAGCGAAACCAUCUGUCCUCACAUCCACAUUUGGCUCUACGUCAGGCACGUCAGGAAAGACGGCCGCGUUAAUUGAAAUGUACAGAGAGAAGGAGAAGAAGAGCUUAACACUUCUUCGUCGUUACCGACUGUUCAUAAAUCAGAGGCUAGUAGAGAAGUUUCACGAAGUGCAGACGGAAGAGUUUCCUGUCAUCAGGAUCGAUGAUGAGAUGGCGAAUGAUCCAGCUUUUAAGGCGUUCGUCGAUCAAUGUGUUCGUCACCCCGACGCCCAUCGUCUUGACAUGAAGAACUUUAUCAACCGACCGAUUCCCCGUCUACUCCGAUACGAGCUGUUGCUCAAAGAGAUUCUGGAUGAGACUCCAGAAGGGCACGAAGACCGGAUAGAAAUACCCCAGGUACUGGACGCGAUACAGGCGAUAGGGAAAGAUACAGAACCUGGCGUUGUUAGUGCAAAGCAAAAAGUAGAGUUGUGGAGCUACAAUAUUAAUAUCGUGUUCAAGCCAGGGGAAUGGAUCGAUAUAGAUCUUAAUCGCUCCCUCAUUCAUACAGGGCGUUUGCUUCGUCAGCCGGAUGGCGGAUUGGAAUGGAGUGGUUGGAGUGAACUUUUCGUGUUACUGUUUGACAAUUAUUUUGUCAUGACCAAAGCCCGCGCAAAAGAUGACAUUACUAAACAUUUCGUGAACCGCCGUCCAAUUCCUCUCGAUCUCCUUACACUUGUCAACUUCACCGAUCCACCCACUCAACGAGGUGCCGGUCUUCUUCGUAACCUCCGCGGUGGUGAACGUCACAACACAAGUGACACCUCGCCCUCACCUCUAACUACUUCCUCUUCUACUGGCGCCUCUGGUCUCUCUUCCUCAGCGUCCACCGCCGGACCUGGAAUGUCUGCACCUCCCGCAGGCGAUACGUCACGCACAGAUUCUCGCUCUGUCUAUCCUUGCACCAUCCACCACAAUGGCCAAAUAGGUGGGACUUACAUCUUGUUAAAGUUGUAA